AUGCCCAUUUCCUUUUAUAGAUUGGCUUCUUUAAGUGAAAAGAAUGUACAGCAAGAUCAAAGAAAAGUCGAGGACAUAAGUGGUUCAAACAGACCCUCUGAGCUGGAGAAAGAUUUCUGCGCCUUUUUCGAUGAAGACAGGGUGGAUGCUUGCAUAGCAAUGCAGACCGAAUAUAGCCGUAAUGAUGGUGAUUUUGUUGACAUUUACUAUCCGAGGUUGGCCUGUCUCAUACUUGAGGUAGGUGGAAAACUUUACCAGCCAAAUUUAAAAAUACUUGAAUUUAGUCCGUCUAACUAGAAAAAUGUUCUUUUUUUGAACAGAAUGCAUAAUUCAGUGCAACACACAAAAAUUCUCGCUUUAAACGCGAAAUCUGAGAUGGACAUUACUCAAAAUGGGCCUAUCUGGCCCCAUUCUCGGAGACCCAGGGGCAGCUAGUCGGGACAGUAGAAUGUUCGUGGUGAAAGUUUACCAUAAAAUCGUGAAGAUCCCUUGGGCACUUAUUCUUACCGAACCAGUUUCGAAAGCGUUUGAAUUGGCUGUUUCUGAUUGGCCAGAAAAAAUACAAUUUGCGAAGAGAAGCAGCUGGCAUGGGUGACUCGGGUUUUCGUACACGACGUAGUUUUCCUCAUUGAUCGCCACAGUUGCAUAGCGCGUUCAACGGGGAAACUUUCUCGAGGAAAGUUUCAGAACAAAAAUUAAAUUAAAUUAAUGUUAACGAAGCCGGAAAAGUUACAAGCUUUGGCACGGUUACAAGAAACAAACGGUCUCCCAUGGAUUUUUACGGCGGAUCUGUCGAAGGCAUAUUUGAAUUUUUGUUGCUAAUACGCGAUGCACGACUCACUUUCCAACCCUUUGCUCACAAUUUGUAGUAUACUACGCCAAGCUUGCAUUUUAGAUCUCCAUUUUCGUUGCAUAAUUUCUGAAACCUUUCUGGCUUCGUUAACAUUUUGUUCAUUUUUCUACUCAACUAAGGCGAGCGAUGAGGAAAUCUGCGUCGUGUAAGAAAACUCCAGAGUCAACCGGCUGCUCCUCUCCGCUUAUUGGCCAGAAAAAUAUUUUUCUGGCCAAUCAGAAGCAGGCAAUUCAAACGCUUCUGGAACUGGUUGGGUGGGAGUAAGUGCCAAGGGUCUCUUCCUGAUCUUAUAGUAAACUUUCACCACGAACUUUCUAUUGUCGCGCGUCGACUAGCUGCCGCUGGGUCUCCGAGGAUGAUCUUGCCCCGCUCGGGUAGUCAGCCGGGACACAGGUUUUGUUUUACCUUGCCCGGUCGCAUUUUUAAUUAAAGUUUAUAUUUCCGUUAAAAAUACGAAGACAAAAACAAAAAUGCAUUGUUUGAUAAUUACGCUGCUGAUGGACGAGCAUCUUUUCACUUGAGGUUUCACACCUGUCCAGUAUUUUUACUGAAUUUGUUGACCUUGUAUUCGCUGACAAUGACUCAAUUUGUUUUUCUAUUUUCACAGACUGCGUAUGAACAGGCCAAAGAGGUUCAUGAAGCUUUUUCCUAUACUUUUAAGGAGAUAACCAACAUUAUGAUGAACAACUCUCCUUGGUUCGGACAGGAACUGUGGACUGCUAGGAAGGUAAUAAUACUCCAAUAUUAAUGCUUUGUUUUUGUUCAGUGCGACAAAGGUAUCAUUUGGGCUCGCCCAAGAAGAGUAAUCGAGUUCCCUUGUUUUGAUUCAGAGUUGCAGUAGGUACGCGUAAACAAGCAAAGUAAAUAAGCCAAGCGACGCGAAUGUCUGCCGCGCGCUGUGUCAACAACACAGCAUUUAUCUUCGUUACAUAUGACCCACAGAUGACGCACGGUAAACAAAUCGCCAAUAGAAAACAAACUUUUUGGAAAAACAAAGUACACUGAGUGAAUUAAACAAACUUUCAAAUAAUUUGAAUUUUCCAUGUGCAAUAUUAUCGUCCUGGCAGCAUACGUUGUGAAUGGUUUGGCUUAUUGCCAAGAGUUUAACAAUAUUUUUGCUUUCAGUUGUCGAGCGCCAAAUUAGAAGAUGUGACGCAAAUUCCAUGAUCUCGUACAUGGGAUAAUUAAGGGUAACAUCGAAUGAUGCAUAAUUUCGUUGCAUAUUUUCAAAAUCUUAUUGAGCAAAAUUACCUCUUAAGCAAGUUGCAUUCUUUCACGGUCGAACCGUAAAGGGGCAGAGUACAGCAUCUUCACGUACAAACCGCGUUCUAUUUUUCAAACCCUUGCGUUAAUUAGAUUAAGGACCUGUCCACACAUAUCCGUAAUCGUUUGAAAACGCAUCGUUUUCGCCCGUCCACACGUAUUCCCUUAAUCGGUUUGAAAACGAUAACUUAGCCGACUGGGCAUGCUUGACGAAGGAACGCGCUCGUCUGCCAUCUUGAAUAAGUUUCUAAUAUUGCGCGGAAUGGAUUGGAACUGAUAAUGUGACCUCAGCGUUUCCGUAGAGUUCCGUUUACAUCUGUCCACACGUACACGCGAAAACAGCGUUUUUAAAAAGUUCCACUCUGGAGAGCGUUUUCGAAAAGUUCCGUUUUCUUUGAUCGUUUUCAUCGGAUACAUGUGGACGGUAGCUGUAUCCGUAAAAAAAAGUUGCGUUUUCAAGUGAAAACGGAUGUGUGUGGACGGGACCUAAGUCGCAUUCUCUCAUACACGAACUAUGAAAGCGGCAAAUUCCAAAGCUUACACGUGCAAACUGCGUGACAAUACAAGUCAUGGUAAGGGUCUGAUCACAUGAGCAGGGGAAGCAAUGCGCAUGAACAAUGUGUUACCCGGGUUGUUUACCAUUUACCACAAAUUCCUGGAAAUUCCGGUUGGGAUGUAAAUGGUAAAGGUUUUUUUGGUUCGCCCACUGGAAAAUUCCCGGGACAAACAGAAAUUCUGAAAAGGUAGUCCCGUUUUCCGAUUCGGACGUUCCGAAUGGAAAUUCGUUUGCCAUUUACAAGUUUCUGGAAUUUCGUACUAGUUUCACGGAUGUUGUAACUAGAAUCCAGUCUAGCGCGUCGCGAAAACCCGGAAAUUUUAGGCAAAUGGUAAACGACGCGUACCGUUCUUACCGACCGAAAAUUCCCAACCAAAAUUUCCUUAGCGUGCGAACGUCAGACGUUUCUCGUCGCUCAUCGCCGCUGAGAGACGCUUCGAGAGGAGGAGCGUCUGCGACUCAGCGACAGCAAUUCCAUACUGACGACGCAAAAUCUGUCCGGAAUCCGGUCAGAAGCGCUAAUUGGUCGGCGGAGUAGUUUCAUUGUUCUAGUGUUUGUUUACAAAUGACAGACAAAAGACAAAAGGCGGCAAAGGUCAAAUGGAAACGCGAUGAAUCUCUAACAAAACAGUCAAUAUUUGUGGAAUAUAGUCUUUUCUAGAAGAAGGAUUUGAGUUUUGCUGGAGCUCAUUCGCAGAUGAACACAACACUUUUCCAAAAUCGACCAGGAGAAACGUAAAAUUGAGCAAAUUUGCAUUUGGAACCCCAUGACUCCCGGAUUUGUUAAGUAAACAUUGAUUUACGUCAUCCGUAUGGAAUUUCUGUCGCUGAGUCGCAGACGCUCCACCUCGCGAAACGUCCCUCAGCGGCGAUGAGCUAGGAGAAACGUCUGCCGUUCACAGGCUAAAAUUUCCGACAUUUUUUUAUAAAUCGUAAACAACCCCGCUGUCGUGUUUCUCGCUUGGUUCAUUCACCGGGCCACCCGGAAAGCAUGAUUUCUUGGAAAAUUUCCACCCGGGAUCCCGGCAUAACAAUGCUGAGAUCCCAGCUAACCGCGCUUAAUCGGUUGUCACAACCGAGUCUUGUCAUAUAAUCGCAAAGUUGAUUUUUGUUGCGUUCAACUAAGGUGCCGGGAUGCAAAGCAAGCCAGCCCGGCUCAUGUACUCAGGCCCAAAUAGAAAAAAAAAAACUAAAGCAGCAACGGUACAGUAACAUAUAAACUUUCAUAUUUGCCAAAUAAUAUGACUUAUGCCACCAAAUUAUUGCAGUCGGAGAGUGUCAAAGUUUAUUGCUGUUUGCGUAGUUCCUCGGUCCAUAUAGACAAAGUACUAGCAUGGCUGCGUUUUAGAAAGGUCUACGCCCUCGAGGCAGGCUUCAUUAAAACCUACCUGCGAAUAACUAACAUACAUUUCCUUCCAACUAUAAGCGAGCCUAAUCGAUUUUGAGACGCAAAUUUCCCUCCAAGUAUAAGCUUAGCCGAUUUUCAAAAGCAAAUUUCCCUCCGUAUAUAAGCCCCCUAAAAAAGGGCCUUUGAAAAUUAUAAGCCCUAGGCCUUAUUUUCGGAAUUUUUCGAUAGAUUUCCAGCUAUGUCGAGAAAAGUUGUGGAGAAAACGUACACGCGACAAUCCCGAAAGGUAAAGUGAGUUAUGAUUAAUACACUUCCUGACACUGUAGCUGUCGAACCUACUUUUGUUGCUUUCCUUUAGCACUCGGAAAGGUACGGCUAGGCCUAGACACAUAUAGCUGGGUUUUUAGGAUUUUUAGGGCAUCAGGAUAUUUUUACAAAUCUUGAGGAUUUUUAGCAAAAAAAUGGGGUUUGUGGUGGAUGUUUGUUCUUUUUUUCUUUGCCGCUUUUUUUAAAAAAUCCCGUAAAAUGAUAAGUUUGUCCCAUUGUUUACUAAUUGUGACUGAAAGAUUGCAAUCCAAUUGUGCAGCGGAGUUUUCUGUUUCUAAUGCAUCCCAUGAUUCCAAUGAAAGCAAAUUUCAAACAUGGCGGAGAAGCCAAGUGAAGCUUCAGUGAGUUCAAUUGACCACGCCAGAAAUACCAUAACAUACCAUAAUGCUCUUUGUUUUUCACCCCAAAAUUUUGCAUAAGCAUUGUCUUCAGUUCCUCUUGGGAGUUAAAAUGGCCCCAAGAGAAACUGAAAACAAUGCUUAUGCAAAAUUUUGGGGUGACAAACAAAGAGCAUUAUGGUAUGUUAUGGUAUUUUCUGGAGUGGUCAAUUGCCAUUGAAGAUGACUUAGAGCCCAAUAUCACUCGAGAAAAUUUUGGAAUAUUUAGGAAUCUGUGAAGACUUGUUUGGAUUUUAGAGAUUUUUGAGUGGAUUUUUAUGGAAAAAAAACUGGGGAUUACCGGAGAAAUUUUUAAAGCAUUGUUUGGGAUAUUUGCACUGUGGCGGGCUUUGAAGAAAAUUAUACCCCAAUCCACCCACAAUUUUGGGAUUGUCGCGUGCACUUUUUCCGACAACCUCUCUCGAAACAGUUAAAUAAGGGAGAUAUAAAGCUGUCCACGAAAAAGGACAAAACACCUGCAUUUGAAUCUUGCACUUUUGUGCUCUGCAGUAGUGAUAAAAUACAUUGUUAUAUUCCUAGGCUUUCACUCAACUAAACAGGGACUGCCAUUGGUUGAUUCUUGAUCACGUGGCCUCGACUAAAAUCAAAUGUAUCCCGAUCGUGAUACAUUAAACAAUAUACCCCGCUCGGAAUACAUUGCAGCACUUGAUCAAAGCAUGGUGGAAAGUGGCGUGACAGAAGGCGGGUGGAAAGUCUAGAAAUAUAACCAAACACUUAACUAAUGUCAGGUCCCUCGGGAAACCAGUUAGUUUUGUUUUCCCUCGAGUCCUGUAUACGUGUUGCACACAAACCGAUAACCACUUUACGGCGAAUGCUUACUAAUGUCAAGGAAAAAGACAAACCGGAGGACAGACAGGGAGCAGUAUACAAGAUCAAAUGCUGCGACUGUAAUUGAUCAAUCAGAUCAAUAACCAGAGUAUAAUACCAUCAACUGACGUGAAACAACUCACAUUGACUCUGAAGAUGACUACCGCACAGGUUGUCGAAACGUCAGUCACUGUCAACAGGUCAACAACAACAGUCCUAUUCAGGACUACGUUGACCCGGACGAUCAAACUCAACCAACUUUUGAAAUCACUCCUGGGUUCAAACCUUUCACAAUAUUAACUGAGCCUGAGGUGAAUUGUUUUAGUAUAUACACACGAAGUGAUCUGAACAGAAUCAGAAAGGAAACCAUGAAAAAAAAAAACGAUUAGUUUGAUUCACGGGUAAAUUCAUGCGUGAAUAUGUACAAUGUAGUCGUAAACAGUGGAUGCACAACAGUUGGAUCUUAACAGUAUUUUCAAACAUGGCAAAUCAUAGUUUUAUUUUUUUUUUUUGUAAGCUGUAGCAUCAAUGACUGAAAAGAAAACGUUGAAAGUUUAAAUAACUCCUCUUGCUGAGAAGAAACACAGAGCUUUAUUUGCUUCUGUCAACUCACCGUGAAUGAGACAGUUUUUUUGUUGCUACUUGCAAAUGCUGUCAACAGCGGAUACGAUCGACGUGAACGUUGUUUAUCUGCAGUGCAGUGUUCCUUGCAAUGUUAACUUGCUGGCACGUACAAUUUUCGAAAAUAUUUUUUUCCUCCAUAAAUUAACUUCUAUUUCCAGGCAAAAUUGGUCUUGCGAGGAAAUUCCGAGUUCACAAAACAGUGACAAAGCGGCCUCCUUUUCCUCUGUAGUGGUCAAUAAAAACAUUGCUUCGAGCGUAUGAAAGUCAACUACGGUAAAUCACUUCGCAAUAAAAUCACGCUGUUUAACCACCAUAAAGUCUUUUCUUACCUUCAAAAUCAUCAAUUCUGGGAUAUUCUUGUAUUAUAAAAAAGUUCUUACUCUGAAACUUGGCAAAACACCCAGUUGACGACAGCGAUUUUGUUUUGCUAUAUAUUCACCGCCUAGCGCGGUGAAUAUAACGUCACGGUCUGAGGUAGCGAACCAAUCAGAUUGCUUGAAUCACCAAGAUCACUGAGUGUGUAUAUACCAAUUUCAUAUAUUCAAAAGUUCAUCAUUAUCCUUUCACGGGUUUAUAAUUAACCAUAUCAACGAUCUGCUCCCAGUUGGCUAGUUAGGCUAAUUUGUAGAAAGCUGCACUGGUAUCGCAGAAGUCAAGGGUUCGAAUCCCAUAAAAGCCUGAAUUUUUUUCAGGCUUUCUUUUGGCAACUGCAAAAGUUGCGCCUAUAACUGCGAUGAUCUUCUUACAUUUAAGGUGUCUUGAGGGAGUAUACCUCCCCUCUUUAAGCGUUUACAACGUCGGCAAUAACAAAGAUAACGCAAAAGGGUUACCACAGCUGCUCUGUAUAAAGAUGAAAAUCUGAUACAAUCCAUGUUUUAUUGACAUCAUCGUUACCAUGGCAACAUAAUGACGCCAUUACGUUGUUUACUUGCCUUUGUAUUUCUUGUUACUAGGCCUGUACUUUCCUUAGUUGCCUCAGUUAUGGCAAGCGUUGAACAAAUUCUUUGAGAGCGUUUUGAAAAUAUUUUGAAACAAAGUUUUAACGGGUCAUUAAAACAGUGAAUAAACAUGCUAUCGACAUAAUUAGCUUAUAUCGUAAGAAACUGAUGAGGUCUGGAAAUGCAGUUUCAUCUCAUAGUAGUUUGAGGAGGGGGAUUGCUUUGGCCUAUUGCGAGAAAGAGGAAUUUAAUUAGCCUACGUUCGGCGGCUUUCUUUACUUUUUUUGUAUGUAAUUUGGUCCACACCUACAAAUUUUACGUUGAAAACAAUGCCAGUGAGCAAUGAGGGACGCUCACUUGUAAACACAAAAUCUGGGGAAAAGUUUUUGACAUUUGAAGCCACAUUUAAUUACCUUCCUACAAUGUCCUUGAAACUGGGCGGAGAUGUAAAUUGAUGAUUAAUCUCGGGAUUGUCAUGUUUUUUAAAAAAAUUAUCGAACGGUUUUUUAAUUACCGUGAGAUGAAACCACAUUUCCAGACCUCAUCAUUUUCUUUAGAUAUUAGCUAAUUAUGUCGAUAGCAUGUUUAUUCACUGUUUUUAUGACCCUCAAAACUUUGUUUCAAAAUAUUCCCAAAACGCUGUCAUAGAACGCUCAAAUUGGGGAAGUAUACUCCCUAAAAAAUCAAGUCGAGCCACCUUAAUAACAAGUUGUAUUGAUCAUAAUCUGGCAUAAUAUUUACCAAGCUGCCAGGUAUCGAGGUACAGUAGGUAUACCUAAGGCUUCUAAACCUCUCGAUUAAACGGAACCGGAAAGAAAACCAUUAAGAAGCGAUUUUUUUAUUGACGGUUCAAUUCAUGCGAGAAAAAAGUGCAUGUAGCGGUAAAUGACGAAAUUCGUCCUGUAAAGAAAGCCCGAUCAGGUCACACCUCCGCGUUUUCCUAUGUAUAUGUAGUUGUAAACAAUACUCCGAGCGCCAGAAAAAACUCAUCUAUCGUAAUCAGAAAACGCUGUUUUAAACACUUCAGUUGUUUCUUACCUUAAAAAACAUACCGUUUUCGACAAAACACCAUGUUCACGCCAGCGAUUUUGUUUUGAUUUUGUUUUAAUCAAUCAGAUUGCUUAAAACACCCAACAUAGCGUAGUGUGUAUAUUGAAACUAAUACUGAUUAAUUGAUUACUUUUUAUAGCUGCAUAUGGAAGGCAAUUGGCCCCUCUUCUAUACAUUUUAUUUCAAUACGCCUUUGUGGGGAGAGGGUUCGGAUUCCCUAAAGGAUGUUGUCGAUGAGAUGCAUCUUGCUAUGAAGGAAGUGGCGCCCACUUGCAACGUGGAAACACUCACUCAAGUAUGUCCAUUAUUUAUGUAGGUGUGACGUGUUCUGAAUCUCCUUAUACCGCGUAGGACGAAAAAAAUUGUGCUAUGAGAUAGAAAAUAAAUUGUAAAUAUACCAAAUCCAAGACUACAGGUACCGAAGUUACAACAGUUGGUGAUCCCCUCUCCAGUGAAAUAGGGUUGGGCACAAGUAAAGAAUGUAUGGAUCCUUCUUUGGCUAAAUGUUUCAGAACUUUAGAAAGCGUGUCAAGAGCCUAGUUGCAAAUAUGGCAAAGGCCGCUAAAAGGGUUCCCUGCUCUGCAAUUGCUUUUCGUAUUGUAGAGCACGACGACGAUUGAAAAUUUAGAUGUUGCAAGUACAAUCAAUAACUGACAGCAUGGGAGACUUCCCCUUCUUUCGUUGACUAAGUUAUUGGUUUUCAAAAUUUGCGGAUCUGCCCUACAAUCGACCGUUGAAAUAUUACACUUCACUGGAAGGUGCGAUUAAAACAGACUAUUUGACAGGCUUAGAACGCCCAUGCGGUUUCGGGAGCUUGUAAACUAACAUGUUUUAUAAAGGGGUAAUUUAGAGGUAUAAAACAAUUAUUAUUAAUAUUAAUUGUACUGUUAUUAUUAUUAUUAUUAUUAUUAUUAUUAUUAUUAUUAUUAUUAUUAUUAUUAUUAUUAUUAUUAUUACAGGUGAUACCGGUAAAAGUAAAUUAUAAUUAAUUUACACUAUAUAAAGCUUCACUUUUAAACCUUGAAAUAAUUUAAUUAAAAAGGGUUACCUUUUUAGUCCUUCUUCGCUGCCGCAUAUUCAUACGACGAAGUUCGGUCCGAACGACGACGAACCGUAGCGACCGCUAACCGAAAGCUAACGGUCUGCUACAGUAAAAAUCUGGGCUAACCCCAAGCCACUUAAAGCAUAAUUAUCUAAACAUCAUUCUCUCUUGCUAUCUAAUUGAAUAUGUAUAUUUAAAUAAAAUGCUAUUUAGAAUAAUUUGCUUCUAUCAACGAUCCUUAAAAUUGAACUACAAAUGUAGCUUAAUGGCCUUAACAAUAUGAGACAUUUUAAAAGCUCAAACUUUCGUCACGUGACCUAUAGUUGACAAUUAAAAAAAACUAAUUAAGCUUAAAUAAAAUUGUUGCCAGGCAUGAAAAUAUUCCAAGGGAUGCAAAUCUUUAUAAUGAUCUAAGUAUGUUGCCCUAGAAAAAUAAGCAGUGUUAAAUAUAUAAGUAUGGAGCUUUCUCACCAUUGCUUUGCUGGUCUUUGAAAAACUCUUCCCUGUCCUUGCGCCACGUCUCACUGACACAGUAUCCUGCUUUGAGACCCCUUUGCAUUCGAAUUGAUUUACCUCUUGUGCUAUUUUGCCAAUCUCUCCCUUCCCAGCAUCUGAACUUUCAAUUGCCUGUAUCAGUUGGCAAAGGUCCUUUGACUGAUUGCUAGGUAGCUCAACCUUGAGUUCCUCUUUGCUGUUGUCCUCUUCUUAAUGUAUCUGGCAACUUCACGAUAGUACGUGCAAACACUUUUCAAUCGAGGAUCCGAACCACUUUUCAACGGGAUAUUCUGGCUAGGAAUAUGCCAAAUCUUGCAAGAUUUUGCAUGACCACUACCUGUGGGCCCGCCAAUGACUCUUAUAUUUUCUGCAACAUAUCUUAAGCGAUUAAAAUCUUCCAGUAUCCCUUCACACAAGGUGUGAUUUCCGAGCAACAUCUCUUGAGCAAGCUCAAUUACAUGUGAAGUUUCCAGUGCGAGAAGCUUGCCGGAGUUGAUCACUUUGUGUUCGAAUAUGGGACAAUACAAACUCCACGCACAAUCGACGUGAAUGAAAAGCCGACCAGGUUGAAAAGGCCACGUUUGAGCGUUAUAGGUAUGUGUAUCUGAAGGAUAUAACAUCAAUAUCUAUGCACAAUCCGGUAUGCUGGUAGGGUCAACAUCUUCGAAAGGAGAGUGUUUUCUGGUGGGAGAAGUCAACUCAACACUAAAACCGGCUGAUUUCAGAUCCCUAUGUCGCAUUUCUAACAAUUUACGUCGAUCCCCUUUGGCAGUCGUCGUUUCAGCAGAACUGAAGGUUUUCUUCCGCAAGAGUCUUUUUCGCAAAACCUCCUUGACAUUCAAACUUGCGCGCUCGUCGCCUUCGCACGAGGCGCUUGAGCUGGAGAAAUUAAAUCCGCUUCAGGUUUUCGACCAAAAUUCAAUGUUAAGGGUAAUUCCCUUGUUUUGCACUGCGCCCUCUACUGCGCAAAAUAUUGCGACAUGGCGGCGGUACUUCCCGUUAGCACGAAAAGAACAAACAAGCGCCGCUUUUGCAGAGCUAAAGCUUUUAUUCACAAUAACAAUGCCGCAGACCGGCUGAAAGCUUCCUGGAAAAUGAAAGAAAUGUGCGUGAUCACGAAGUGUGCAGUUGUUUUUCACUUCGUAGCUGUCGAGUUGUGGAAUUAUUUUAAAAAAUGUCCUGGCUGAGGCUUUGGAUGGGGGCUAUCAUGAAGCCUGUGGAACAGCUCUGCGGCUCUCCAACUGCAUUACCGAGCCAGUAUAUGGCCCGGAAUCGCUUCUGUGCAUAUGUUGUUCAAACUCCGAAUGUGGAGAGACGAAUAUUUCUGGAACAAAUGAGACAGAACCACGCGAGGGAGACCAAUCUUUGAUGUAAACAUGAAGUUUACUGCUGAAUUCACAUUUUGCUGUGUAUAGAAACCAAGAAAGCGAACAUAUGAAGAAUAGGAAUAUAUAGUCUUUUCUUCAAGUUUCUUUGUCAAGCAUUGUUGCGCAAAAGCAAAAAAAUCGAACCCCAGCUCACUGGAAUAACAGAACGCCGGCGCCUCAAAAUAGUCCAAAAUAAAGAUUCAUAACGCCAAAAUCUCAUCAAAUCUUGACUUACCUCAUUCCUUGGUAUUUACUGUACUCUAGAUCUUUUCAAGUAUGAAUUUCUGUGCUUGCGAUAUCAAACACAUAAAAACAACCGAAAACAAGCUUGAUGUCGAGUGCAUACUUCGAACACGGUGGGCGCUAUUUUGCACCUCGCCCCAGUCACCGCUGCCCAAAUUAUCCAUCUCGAGUGCGAUGUCAAAACCAUGUCCACCUUUCACAGCAGUUUGUGAAUAAAACAAGCACGAUGAGCCCCGGUUUUUUUUUCCAGAUAUUUGCUAAGAACAGUCUAAUAAAGAACAUAUUUGAAGGAGAAAAAAAGUUUGAUAGUAGAACAUGUUUUUUUUUGGAAAAUAGUUCCGUAGUUGGUGUAUUUGGGUCAAGGCGAGGACUUCAAGCUAACCACGGAACUGUCCGAAAAAGUGCAAUAUCCCAACAACCAGGCUAUCAGAAACUGAUUAAUUGAAGUAAUACUGCUUAUUUUAAUAAAAGAAGCUUUAUGUUCAAGAUAAAGACUUAAUUCUGUAUGAAGGUGACUCAAAUUUUAACACGCAACCAGUAAAUCAUAUAAGCCCGCUGACCCCAUCUUUUUACUGCAUUUUCUCAAUGUUCAUAUCAUGAAUGUUGAUUAUGCCAGGUUUCAAAAAAAAAGUUUGAUAGUAGAUCAAUUUCAAGGGAAUUACCUUAAAGCACUUUUUCUACAACUCUGACUUUCUGAAAGAUCCGAUUCGUCAAAAGGACGUUUCAUAUUAAAAGUUUUUUGAGGAACUUACAAGGAGAAUUUGCGACGACAAAAACCCUAAAAUUCUAACAAAGACAACCUUUCCACUCGCUGCGUAUAUCGUGCUUGAAAGAACUAUUAUAAUCCAUCGCUUUAUUCUCAGUCUAUUAAAAAACUUAUUAACUUUCGCUUACCCAGAUGCUAGCGGCUGUAAAAUCAACAAUAAGGGUGCAUAACAAAAAGGAAAACGGUCGAAGGACGGGCUCUUUAUUGCACCUUCGUCCGCAAUGUUUUUUCUUUUUUCCUCUCGGUUCACAGUGACUUUUCGCGGGAAAGAAGCCGUUCUAUUUUUAAAUCUGCUCGGGAAAGGGUUGACUCAAGAAAUUAGUAGAUAUGGAAGCUCUGAGAGAUGGGCUCCUGGCCCCUUAAAUCUUAAAUGCCGGACAUACGGUCAACUCGUUAUUUUUAAAUGCCUCACACAACUAAAACGUGAAAUGUGCUAUUUGUCGAUAAUGAAAUCUUGUCAGUGACCGCAGCAAAAAAAAUAAUAAUUCGGUAAUAGACGGUGUUACAUAGGUGUUACAUGGGAAGAUAUUUUAUGGCAAAUUUUAUCUUGUUAUGAUCUUCAACGUCCAAAAUUGUGAAAGUUAAAAGGCUUCCUUAAAUGAUUUUAGGAGAUUUUUUUAUGAUACUUAUAAUUUACUUUAUAAUUAUAUAGCAGCAGUUAAGCUGAGCAGGUACGUCAUCGUCGGCGUUUCAAUUACUGUUGUACCUUAUGCCGUCGUAAAUCGUUUCAAAACAGUUUCUUGAACCACAUUUCAGUCUCGAAGUUCCCUAAUAGAUGAAGACAGACUAUUGCCGCACUCUUAAAAAAUGCAUGAAACUGAAAUUUUGUUUCAUAGGAAAACGUCCGCUUUAACAUUCUUGCAAUAUUGUAGGAUUAAUUUCUACGGUUAAUUUUACUUCUGAAGUCUUGAAGAAACAUAAAAAUGAUAUCUGAGUGUCCAGUCAAUUAAGCAUUCAUCCUAGAAACGCUUCAACGACUGAGUAAUCUACGGAGGUACCUACUUUCGAGAUUCAAAAAAAGUUUAUCCUAGACAUAUAAAACAAGAAUCGUUUUUAUUCUACCUCAUUUUUUUAUUCCCUCCGUCCUAGAUUGCCUUGGUCCCUAAAACCGUAUUAAAGCAGCAAAACUAGCAAAGAUUAAAAAUAUAACUAUUAUUCUAUGUUAUUCACCGGCUGGGAGGUCCGUAUUCGGAGAAACUGCGCCCGAGGUCUUGAGUACCGCCCGAGGCCUUAGAUCGAGGGCACAGUUUCUCCCAAUGCAUGCGGACCAAUCGAGGCCGGUGAAUAACAUUUUUAUUUUUUCCUACUGAGAGUUAAAAGUUUCGGGAAAGUUUUCCUUUAACCUCCAACCUAUGUGUGUUGAAGUAGGACGCGUUCGCGUUGAUGGAGCACGCGAUCGAUUGCAAACCAAAACGAAACAUUAGAAAACGAUUUUUAGCUCACAAUUAAGUUCUUUUUCAGAAUAAAGAAAGGUUUUUGUGAAUUGGUAGGCAAUUCAUAAUCUGAGUGCCAAACAAGGAUAAAAUGAUUGACGAGCCUGAAAUUAAAAGCCUCAGGAAAAAAAAUACAGCAGAGAUCUUCUUCGGCUGAAUAAUUAAGAUUUUAGUUUGACUUUAAUUGCAUAUUUUGAAUGUAAAAUAUUGUCAAUGUUCACCCUGAAAUGCACUGGCUAUGGAGGUAUGUCUGGUGGGCGUUAAUUUGAUUUUUGGUCGGUUUGUAGGCUAGAUUCGUCUUCAAAUUUCAAGGUGUUGCAGUGAAUCAAUGUUAAUGAAAGUUUCAGACAUUAUUAUGUACAUCAUGAAGAUUAUGUGAUGAGGUUUAAAAAGAAUUCUGUAGAGCCAUUUUAGAGAUAUAAAGAAAAGCGCUAAAAGUCAAAAUUAAGAAUAAAGUUGCACUUAGACAGGUGGUGAGAAAACAGGUUAAUUUUGAGGAUCGCAGGAAAGGAAAUAAACCAAAAUUUCCAUGCAUCGAUAAAUCCAUGAUAUUUAGCAGCCUUCCGACGCUACUUAAGAUUAAUUUGAGUUAAUUAGAUUUUUUUCAUUAAAAAAAUGGCAAGCUUGGAAAAAAUAAAAUACUAUAUGGUAGCGUCAUGUAUUAAAGUCAGACAGAAAAGCUUGGCUCACAGGAUGGCUCAAAGUUUGUCCGUACGUAUUUUUACUGGUCAAGUUUAUUUUCAGUGUCUUCAGAUUGUCAAUUUUUGACAGAACCGUCAAGUUGUCUUGCAUUUUCACCCCUCUAUUCUACCCCCAUGUAAAAAGGGAAUAAAACAUAACCGGGAAAUGAAGUACAGGGAAAACAUGGUUAUCUUCACUGUACCUUUUCACAUUGGUUAAGUUGAACUGCAAAGGUACCUAACGAUCACACGGUCAAGAAAUGUCCAAGCUUGAAGCAUAUUUUAUCAAAAGGGUCUUCACGCCCAAGGCCACACUACUGUAGUCACUUACUAGAAAAAAAGCACACACUUUGCUCUAAAUAUCUUUUUUUUGUUUUUCAUAUUUCGUCAUAGGUUAUUAAGCAAAUAUCAUACCUGAAGUGGGAAAAAUGGUGCGAAGAUGAUAAGACCUGUAAGUUUAGUCCAUGUGAGAACAUAUUGAAUGCUCUUCAAAAGUACAUAUUCGCCUGCAUCAAACUUACUUGGAGAAUGGUUACACAGAUGCCGCCGAUGAAGCUCGAAUACCAUUCUUCCCAGUUUAAUAAAGAUAUUCAUAAGAAAGUGUCCAGGGUACCAGAAGAAACACGUCGAUUAACUAAGAAGGACCAGGGUGAAGACAUUAGAUGCUACCUGUGGCCCGGCCUUCAAGACGGUGGAGGAAGGCGAAUUCGACAAGCGGAAGUCUUGUGCAAAUUAAAACAGAAAUGA